AUGCCGGCCAAAAACACCAAGGGGAAGCCAGCUUGGAAGAAGCUUUUGUGGGUUAAACAACCUUAUCCGGACAAUUAUGUAGACAAGUCCUUCUUGUCGCAGUUGCAGCGCAAUUCCAAUGUGGGCACCUACAAUUUCUGGACGGUGGUCAGCGACACCACGGUGUUACUGGGGAACGCAGCCCUGACGUUGUUCUUUUGCGGCUCUUUUGUAGCCAUUUACGAGCUCAAAUGGGAUCCCAAGUACUUUGCUUUGGGCUCGUCGCUGCUGUCGUUUGGGCUAGCAAUGCUCUAUGGUUACCACAUCCAAGACACCACGGUGUUUUUCACGAGCGUCAAGUCGGCUAUUCUGAUCCUGUUUGCUGUGUUGUCCCUCACGCCGAUCUUCACAUCACUCACCAGGUCGACGUCGAGCGACAGUAUCUGGUCCAUAUCGGCCUGGCUGUGUGCGGUGAAUCUCGCGUUUUCUUCGCGCCCCUUACCGGAAUCGUCCUCGGUGUUGAUCCUCUCGAUUAACAUUGCAUUAUGUGCUGCUAUUGUUCUGGCUAGCCGUCUACAUACCCCCGAAGCCGUAUUCUGGUUCAUGGUGUUCAGCAUACAAGUGUACGUGCUUCUACCGACGGUGGCUCGCUGGCUGAGGCGAAACUCGUCGCGGGCCUACUGGGCAUUAUUCAGUGGUCUCAUGGUGGCAUCCAGCGGGGCAUCGUACGUGCUCAUGGGAUGGCCAGCGGUGUUUUUGUGGUGGUUCACUGCUUUGGCUAUUGUCAUAGGCGUGCCUGGGUUAUUUUUGGCUCUACAAAAGUACAAGGAUCAAAUUAAAGGGCCCUGGGACCCGGCCCGUCCCAUUAUGACCUCCUAA